CUCAAGUAUGAGUGUUUUCUCUGGUCUUGAUCUGUGUUUUCAGCACACGCAGCUGCGUUUGGGUGAUGGUGGUUGUGUUUUCUGUCCUCAGCAUGAAGAAGGACCGGGCUCUGCGGGAGGGGCAGAGGACAUGGCUGAGGAAUGCAGGCCUGGGGGCUGGCUUUGUGCUUGCCGCGCUCCUGCUCUGGAGCAGUUUGGGGGCCGAAGAUGAUGUCGCUGAGGUCCUGGCCCACCAUGGCGAGGUCCUGGCAGGCAGAUUCAUCGAGGUGCCCUGCUCCGAGGACUAUGACAGUCACCGAAGGUUUGAAGGCUGCACCCCUCGGAGGUGUGGGAGGGGCAUCACUGACAGCGUCAUCACCAGGGAGGAAGCGGAGCGGAUUCGCAGCAUAGCCGAGAAGGGGCUCUCCCUGGGAGGAUCCGACGGAGGGGCAUCUAUUCUGGACUUGCACUCAGGGGCCCUGUCCGUCGGGAAGCACUUCGUGAACCUGUACAGAUACUUCGGGGAUAGAAUACACAACGUCUUCUCGGAGGAGGACUUCCGGUUAUACCGGCAUGUGCGGCGGAAGGUCCAGCUCACGAUCGCUGACGCUUUUGGCAUCAGCUCGUCCUUGCUGCACCUGACGAAGCCCACGUUCUUCUCCCGCAUGAACAGCACGGAAGCGCGGACGGCUCACGACGAGUACUGGCACGCACACGUGGACAAGGUGACCUACGGCUCCUUCGACUACACCUCGCUGCUGUACCUGUCCGACUACCUGGAGGACUUUGGCGGAGGGCGGUUUGUGUUCAUGGAUGAAGGGGCCAACCGGACGGUGGAGCCGAGGGCCGGUCGGGUCUCUUUCUUCACCUCGGGGUCUGAGAACCUGCACCGGGUGGAGAAGGUCCACUGGGGCACCCGCUACGCCGUCACCAUCGCCUUCACCUGCAACCCCGACCACGGCAUUGCAGACCCAGCAUUCACGUAGCCGAGCUGGCGCCAAGGACGUCUGCAGGGCCUGUCCACGGCACCUCCGGGACCAUGCGACACGCGCCCCGCGUGCCUCCCAUCUCCGCCAUGCCCACUGCACAGAGUGCCUUAGGAAUCGCCCCGAACUGGGACUUGCUGGUGUUCGAUCUUUCCGUCCCCGAGUGAAUUACGAGCCAGCUUUCCGCUUCGUCAGCAUCGCGUCUUUGACCUGGGUGACCGAGGCUGGCCGUGAGCCCCAACACAGCCCCUCCUCGGGAAAGGGGUUCACCCGAGCCUUGUCUUAAUGCAGAAGCCGCCCUGGCCUGUCGAGGACCAACUUUUAAAUGGGCACAGUGCACGUGUGGGGCCCGUUGCUUCCUCUCGGGGCUGCAGAAUCAGCCAAGUGCAGCCACUCUGGAGAAGGUUCCAGUGAGCGGGGCUCUGGGAGCCACCGCAGGCUUCCCUCUGGGGUGGGAGCGGCGGUUCUACUGCUGUCGAGGUGGAGACAGACAUCUGCCGUCCCAGCGGCCGACUUUGCGCCCCCAGCCUGACGGUCCCUGAGAAUCCGUCACCCUAGGCAUGACAUGGUCACAAUGCUGGGCCCUGCCCCAUCACCGGCCAGUGUCCCCGAUGGUCGGGGUCCAAGUGCACCCCGUCGAGGAGGUUCUCAGUGUCUGUCCUCAGCUCCUGUGGGCCUUCUGCCCAGCCAAGGCUCUGUCUGGUUGUCCCCUUCCUCGUCCUGCUGCUGUCCCUGCCUUUCACAUUAAAGUUUUGGAGCAGCU